CGGGGCUCAAAGAACGAUCUUCCCCGGCGGGGCACCCCUUCAGGCCCGUAGCGGGGUUAGGAGAAUCAAACCCAGAGUCCGGCCCUCUCCGCGGGCGCCUUCAGUAACAGCAUUAGGGAGCGCUCUUUCAGCACCAGGGUCCCCGGCCAGCCACAACGUGACGGUCGCUGCAGACUUGACCUGUGACUUUUUUCUUGAUGGCGUUCUUAAGGACGGAAUGUCAUUGUACAUGUAGCCUAGGCUGGCCUUGGACUCCCCGCAGUUCUACCUACUACUACCCAGGAGCGAGCUACCACCACGCGCAUCUAAUCUCUGGUUUCUUUGGGUAAUUUACCUCGCUUCCAAAAGAGCGACCCAGGAGCUUGGCUCACUGUCACAGCCUGCUCCCCAGUUGGAGGGAUAGGCUGGUGUAGCCCUACCUCGCCAGAAGGCAGGAAGACAGGCGACCAAGUGGAGCAUCGUGCCACCAGUGUCUGGGACACAGGUCCUUGUUAUGCCCAGAUCUCGGGGACCCCCAAAAGACCACCACGGAGACCAAAUCCGGCAUGUAAAAGCAAAGAGCCUUUAUUUCACACUCCAGAGCUUGGUCCCUCUGUCCAACACAGCGGUGAGAGCAGAGAGCCCUGAGCUGAGGGGAGGGCAGAGAUUUUAUCAUAGCAGAGGUUGGGGUGAGGGGAUUUCCAGGGUCCAGGACCCUGAUUGGCUGACAAUUGUCUAGGAGUAUCUGUAAAACAAAAAAUAGGUGUGUGCUAGACUCAAGGACAUCUGGCCACCUUAUCUAAUGGUUGGAAUGUUUGGGAUGUCAGGUACUUCCUCACCCCUGGGUGGUAUCAGCUUCAGGCUUUUCCUGGAUCUGGGUGUUGCCUGCCAGUAAGCCUGUCACAGAAGCUGUGUCUAGGCCCCUAAGCCUGUCAUGGCUGCUGUGUGGUCAAGCUACUUUGGGCCCCUCCACAGUCCUCAGUGUUGAAGUAAAAGUUGCUCAGUGGAACUUUGUAAAGCAAGGCGGGGCUGGCUGCCUCAAGGCCUUGGCAGUUGCUGGUGCAUGUCCAGAACCCGGCCCUAUCUGUGUCCCCUGUCCAGCCUCCACCAGCUGGUUGUCAGCCCGAGCCCUGUGAUCACUCUGGUUCACUGCUGGACGAGGUUAGCUGAUGGCUUGUGGAACCCUUGAGUUCUUUUACCAGGAGCUUUGUGUCCUCCGCAGGAAGCAUGUUCUCAAGCCCAGCUUCCCUCCUGCCCUGCAGCUGCCUGGCGCAGGCUUGCCCCAGUCUCUUGGCCUUCCUACUGCUACUGUUGCCAGGCUUUGUCUCCUUGCAGAAAGGGAGGGGAUGGCGGUCCAAUGGUCUGGAAGUGACUCCUACACACACUGCAUCCUUAGCACUGCCAGGGAAGCCUCUGGUGCCCACAACUGGAGACUUCACUCAGCUAUUUUUAAAGUGCUAAGCCUCAUACAAGAUGCUGGCCCAACGUUCAGCUGGCCCUCAGCUACUGACCUUAGCACCCCACACCCAGGUGUAUGUGUUUGUGUGUUGUAAACAAAUGUGCAUGUGUAUAUGCCUGUUUGGAUUUGUGCUGAUGUGUGUACAUGUGUGGAAGCCAGAAGCUGAUGUCCGAUGUAUUCCUCAAACACUGGUCUUCUAUACUGAGGCAGGGUCUCACUUGAACUCCGUUCACAGAUGCGCUAGUCAGCCUGCUCUGAAGAUGCCCUGUCGCUGCCUUCUGAAUGCUGGGAUUACUGGCAGGCCUGCCCAGCACCGGAUCUCCACAUCCUCAUCGUCCUCACACAUGCACAGCAAGACACACACACACACACACACACACACACACACACACACACACACAGCGCUCUUGGCAUUGUCAUUUGAACCGAUGCAUGAGAUUGCAGUGUAUCUUUGGACACAUCCUUUGUAAUGUCGGACUGGUCCUAGCAUUGCCAGCCCCAGUGGGAGGGUAGUCCAAGUUAACAGCAAGCACAUUGGAAUUUGUUGCCAUCACUGUGUCUCGCUGGAAGUUUUUCAUGCUCGUGGUGAACCCACUGAGGAAAUGGACUUGGAUCAACUGGACCUAAACCCCAGAAUUAUUGCUGCAAUUAAGAAGGGUAGACUGAAGUCCGUGAAGGAGGUUCUGUGCUACUCCGGCCCAGACUUGCAGCGGCUCACCAGCCUGCCCACACACGAUGUGCACCACCUGCUGAAAGUGGCCUCUCUACACCUUCAGGGCAGCCGUGUCCUUACAGCGCUGCAGCUGUUCCGGCAGAGGGAGAGCUUCCCCGAGCAGCAUCAGCGCCUGAGCCUGGGCUGCCCGGUCCUGGAUCAGUUCCUGGGUGGCGGCCUGCCCCUGGAGGGUGUCACUGACCUGGCUGGCCGAAGCUCGGCAGGGAAGACGCAGCUGGCGCUACAGCUGUGCCUGACCGUGCAGUUCCCACGACAGUAUGGAGGCCUGGAGGCUGGGGCUGUCUACAUCUGCACAGAGGAUGUCUUCCCCAGCAAGCGCCUGUGGCAGCUCAUUGAACAGCAGCAGCAGCUGCGGACAGAUGUGCCUGGGGAGGUGGUCCAGAAGAUCAAGUUCAGCAACCACAUCUUCGUUGAACAUGUGGCUGACGUGGACGCCUUGUUGGAGUGUGUGAGUAAGAGGGUCCCCGUUCUGCUGUCAAGGGGAAUGGCCCGUCUGGUGGUGGUCGACUCUGUCGCAGCCCCGUUUCGUUGUGAGUACGAUGCUCAGGCCUUGGCCACCAGGGCCAAGCGCCUGCAGUCACUGGGGGCCACGCUCCGAAGUCUGAGCAGCACCUUCCGGAGCCCCGUGCUGUGCAUCAACCAGGUGACAGAAAUGGCGGAGGAGUCCACGCCCAGGCCACUGGGGGCCUGGGAUGAGCACCUCUCGCCAGCCCUGGGCAUCACCUGGGCCAACCAGCUCCUGAUGAGACUGAUGGUGGACCGGGUGCAUGAGGACGAUGCCACGGUGGGCUUGCCCAGAAGCCCAGCUCGGACCCUCCAAGUGCUCUUCGCCCCGCACCUGCCCCUCUCCUCCUGUUGCUACACUGUCAGUGGGGAAGGCAUUAGAGGGAUACCAGGACCUGAGUCCUGCUAACAGUGGCACCAGUGGGUCACCUGACCAGGUCCCAAGAAACCCUGAUUCUGAUGAGUCCCUCCAACAGUGUUAGUGGCACCUGGUGCACAGAUACCAGUGACACUUAGCAUCUGCUCUUCUCUCCCUGGGGUUCACCUACUAUUGAUCCGUAGAGUUGCCCCACAUACUGCCCUUCAGAGCAGUGGUUCUCAACCUGUGGGUCAAUACCCCUUUGGGGGUCAGACAAUUCACAGGAGUUGCUUAAGACCACUGGAAAACACAGGUAUUUACAUUAGGAUUCAUAACAGUAUCAAAAUUACAGUUAUGAAGUAGCAGUGAAAUAACUUGAUGGUUGGGGUCACCAAGACAUGAAGACUGAAUUUAAGGGCCGCAGCGUUGGGAAGGUGGAAAACCACUGGUUUAGAGGAUGAAUGGCCAACCAGGGGUCCUGGCAGUCCUGAGGGUGUCUGCUGCUGGGAACCCCAGAAUGACAAGGCUCAGCUCUUGCCUCUUCUGCUUUCUGCCUGGGGCUGAGUCAGCAGCUGGUCUGGUGGGGCCUCCUCAUGCAGGGUGAUCUUAACCCACAAACAGGCAGGGAUGCUCACCACUCAGGCCAAGUGGGGCACGCAGUGAGGUACUUCCCCGCUGUGCCCCUCCCCACACAUACACAACAUGGUGGGGCAGAGGAGAAAACAAGCUGACCUUGGGCCCUGGUUCCAGAACAGUCUCGGGGAAGGAUGUAGGACUGUCCUAACCUGGUUGCCUCAGGCCGAGCAGCUUCCAGCAACUUAAGAGAGACAGCAGGAAACGGGUCUGUGUGUCCUUGCAGAGGCCUGGCUAAGUAUGUCCAGCAACUCUGACUUGGCAGUACGUCCAGGCUGGGGGGCACUAUGGAGCCACAGCAUGCCACAGGACUACGGGCAUGCUCAGCAGAAGGCACCUCCUGGUGACAUCUGCUCUGGACCCCAGAAUCAUCACUUCUGGACUUGAGGCUCUACAGUCACCAAGGAAUGUGGCCUCUGAAGACAGGGGUGUGGCUUUGAUCCCUCCUGGCAGCACAGGCCUCCACCAGCAAAUGUGCCACGUAGACCCACACAGGGACAGGGCCUCACCAAGGAGUGCUGUUGCUCCAGUGGUGUGUGACUCCAGUCACUGUCCCCACUCCAAGAGGGACAGACACUCAUGGCAUAUACCACGACAUCUCCAGCAGAGCCCCGCCAUGCAUGGAGCUUCAAACCUUCAAAGCUACCUGCAGCCCCCACCCCUUUUUUGGCAAUUCUGGAGACGGAACCUAGGGUCUCCACUGUGCCCAGCCCCACCUGCUGCCUGAAAGGCUGAGGACGCUGGCCUGAGAGAUGGGACACAGCUACUUGGGGUGGGAGUGGUUUAUACAAACAGCCUCUCUGCAAAACUGGAGGGCUUUAUAUCAGGAAAUAAAACUUUAUAACAAAGUAGUGACAAUUCUAAAUUGUUUUCUAAAUAGUUUGUAUUGAAAAUUAGAAAACAUGGUUCCAAAACAGGCACACUUAGAAGCCAUGCCCAAGGCUCCCGUAUCCAGCAGCUAGGUCAAGGGGCCUUGCAAGUCCACCCCAACAGUGGUCCACAUGAUAAAGCCAGAGCAUCUUUGAGGAUAUGGGAGCCAUGCUCUUCCCAGUGUUGGGAACAACUUGUCCCAGUAUCUCUGGAUUUGCUGCCAUCAGCUAGCUGUCCAUACCACUCCUGCCACUGUGAGCUGGGGAACCCUGCCCACCUGCUUCUGCAUUACAUGCCAUCCUACUGCUCAAGUCUGCAUCACAGGUCCAAUCAGCUCAAGAAUGAGUGCAGAUGAAUGUAGGACACAAACUAGGUUCACGUGCCCCAUAGGCCUACGUGGACUGUAAGCACGCAUCUCUAGCAAUUAUUUAAUAUACACCACUACACUGACUUCCUCAGGCUGGCAAGAGGCUCAAGGGGUAAAGGCCCUUGCAGCACAAACUGGCAACCUAAAUUCACUCUGGAAGGAGAGAACAGAAGGCACAAAGUUAUCCUGAUGUCCAUACGCAGAGCCACGGUUACACACACACCGACUUUCUACAUGACGUCUCCAGCAGCUUUACAGAAAAUUCCUAUCUGAACCCUUCCAACACUCAAUGUGUUGGACCACACACCAACCCGGAAGCAUCCAGUUGCCUGCUGUGCCCACCACCCAUGAGCUUCCCUGCAAUAACCACCUCAGGUUGUUGACAUCUCUCUCUCUCUCGGGAUCCCCUCACCAUAAAGAACAUGGUGAAAAUGGACAGUGGACCCCUGCUUGUCUCCUGAGAACAUGAAGUGCAACAGAAUCUUGCACAAUGUUGACUGCAAACAAGUUCCCAGAGUGCUCCUCUGCAGUACAGUGUCCAAGCAGUCAGGCCUGCCAACUUGCUCUAAGAUCUGUUACCUUCUGCAGGCUUGGAGGCCCACACCCACCAGGCUUUGACCUGAGUUCUCAGGGACUCCCGUUCCUCACACUUGAGUGGCAAGAGCUUUACCUGCUUAACCACCUCCCCAGCCCCAACCCUGGUACUUUGCCCAGGACAGGGUCUUUCUUGUAGAGCCCUGGCUGGCCUCUGCCUCCUGAGGGCUGGGAUUCAAGUGCACCACCAUGCCUGGCCUCAGAAAUCUCUAACUGGUUGUGAUAGAUUAGUUUAACACCACUGUACUCAGACCAGCUGGAAAACCUGAUGUUUCCCAAGAACCAUGCAGUUCUUCAGACCAAUGUUAGGCUGAGCCGGAAAGUGCCUGCAGCCCAAAGGCUGCAUCCUGCUGCCCUGAUUUAGGUUUACAAGUUCAGAGUUUCCCGGGCCCUAUUCUCUCAACUUGAGGUUAGUCUCACACAUUGUCUUGGACUGAUCUGAGACAUUAUUGUCAGAACACACCCGUGAGAAAGCUUCUGUGUGCUCGGCAUACAGGGCCCAAAGGACAGGGGCCUCUAGAACAUUGGCACAACACCCGCCACCAAAGCUGACCCAACAGCAGUAGAUGGUCUACAGAGGCCUGUGGGAAGCAGCUCCCCUGUGUACCGCUUCUCCAUCUCUUCCCUCCACAUUCCAGGCUCAACAGACACAGACCACUGUGAGCUCCUGGUCAGAAAGGAAGUAUUUUAAGCAUCUGAUGCUUGACGAUUUUUUCACAGUGUUCAAAUUUUAAAUAGAUGUAGGUGUUAUGACAGCGUGGGAGGCAGAAGUCACAUGCAGCAGUGGAUCUACGCAUGCCUAGGCCUCUAGCUGCAGCCUGGCUUGCCUCCCUGGGCACAAUGAUGUUGGCUCUGGUCAUUAGCAGCCCCCAAGCACAGGUGCAGAUUAAGCAACAGAAUUCUGGGGCAUGGCUGCCAGGCACUUUUUAAGCAACAACCCCAGAUGUUGGUGGAUGUCCCCAUCAAGAAAGAAAGCCCACUCCUACCAAGAGGGCAAUCUCCCUCCUGGCAGACUGGAGGAACUGCCAGGGCUUCAGGGCUGUCAGUGUUCCACUCCUCUCAGAGAGCCUAUCUAGUUCAGCCCCAGCCCUCAGUGGGCUAGUUCAGUGUGGCCGGCACUCAGUGCUCUCAACUCUGCCAGACAAUUACGUUGUCCCUGUGGGAAAAAGCCAAUGGAAAAUUAUAUUUAACCAAUACUUCUAAGGAGGUCACCCUCAAGCAAUGUUAUGCAUAUAAAACACUGAGCAUUUGGGUUUAGAGGUGUAGCUCAGUGCUUGGGUGCAGCUCUGCAGGGUGUGUUUAAUGAGCAAAAGGUCUGAGUAUAUCCCAGCACCAGAAACCAAUUUUAGCUCCCAUGACAGGUAUGCCUAGAGCACACCACCUGGUGUCUCAGAGUGUCCUUCAUCCUCCACUUGGGGCUAGGGUGACAGCUGACACUUUAUUAGUUGAAUGUGGGUCACAGAGAGCUGUGGUCCCAUCAGGUGUGACAACCAAGGAGUCCGUCACCUUGGACUGAGCUCUAUGUGCCAGCAUAGACAUGUCCUUCACAGUCACAGCUGCUCCAGCUGCCAGGCAUGCUCAGAGCACCCAAGCAACAGGGCAAGUUCCAGGAUCACUAAAUGAUAGCAACACCCAGCUGCCAAUCCAGAUGUUGUCUAACAGAAAGGCAAAGCAGAAAGGCCACUGGCUGCAGAGGGAGACGAAGCUCUCAGUGUAAGGGAGACGAAGCCUGGUGAUCUGUGUGAGGCUGCUCAAGGGAGUGACAGCAAUUACUGGAGGAGGGGAGGGAAGGGGAGAGAGGGAAGGGGAGGGGAGGGAGGGGAAGGACAGAGCAGAGCACCCAGAGAACUGACAGGCUUUGUACUGCUGGACACGGACAUGCAAGGACAAACCAUGGACACAUUGUAACCGAAGCAGGAAACACACUAGGGUGACCCUCCUGCUCUUGGGAUGCUGGGGACCACGGGACUUGGAGAGUGGGCCUUUCUCUCACUUGGCCUGAAUAUGCACAUGCUUUAACUGGAUUUAGUGCCCAGGGGAAAUCCACCCAUGUCUCUGCAUGUUUGCAGCGUUAAUUCUUCUUAAUGCAGCAAGUACCGCUGCCUUCUGAACCCGCCCAGCCAGGGCUGGGACUCUGCUGCCUGUCAGAUGAGUCGGGGCUCUCAGAGGGCCCAUUACCCCAGGCAAACACUAGGCUCACCGGGAGAACUAGAUGCAUAAACACAUUCUAUAGUUUGGGGUAAAUAAAUAAGAAAAGCAGUUUUAACUAUUAGCAAGACCAACUAUGAAGUCACCAUUUCUCUGCUGAGAGGCCAGGUGCGUGGCAGCCUAUGGGGCACAGAUGCUGUGCACACUCCAGAAAAUGGCUAGCUCUGUUCACAUCUACUGUACCAAAAGCUUCAGGACAAAACUAAAGAGAAAUAUUUCCGCACAGCCCAAUCAUAUGCCGCUGGAGAUCUGAACAAGCUGUUCUCUGGGGGGACUACUAGAGACAGAGUCUCUGUGUAGCCCUGGCUGUCCCGGAACUGGCUCUGUAGUGAAACAGGAUCUCGUUUUGUGGUUCUGGCUGAGGCCUGGAACUCACCUUGUGGAGCAGGCUAGCCCUGAACUCCAGGGCUCUGCCUGCCUCUGCUUCCUGAGCGCUGGAUUCAAAGGCUUUUAUACCACACCCAGCCCAAUUAUUCUUAGGGAAGGCUAACUUCUCUGAAGAAGGCUGCGCCAGCUUGUCUCUCAGUUUCCCUUCCCUCCUAAGAUAAUGGAAGCACAGGGCCCCGCCCGGCAUGCCCUGUCUGAUCCAUGACACUGGAACGACUCGGGUCUGAGUGUUCCAGUGCAGCAGUCACGUGUGAGUGCUAAGAGCAGAGGUGUAGACGCCUCAGUUUCACACGGUGUGUAGCAUAUAACCCAAGUCACUGAGAAACAUCAGCACGGAAUGUGGACUUGUACCUCACAUCAUGUCUGGCUGCUAAGGGGCCACGGCAUUUACACCACCCCACUCCAUCAGGACUGGCCACACACUGCUGCUGGCUGUUAGCACGGUAAGCCAUAGGAAGACAGGAAAAAGAGGAAAAUUCCAAGCACUCUCUCUUGAGCAGGGCAUUCCAGAACUGACUGCGCACUAAGAGUUUCGGUCUCCCUGAGGAACAGAACCACCGCUCAGAUGGUGGGCCCAGGCCAGGCUUGGGGGUGCAGACCUACAAUCCCAGCUACUCGGGUGGCUGAGACAGGAGGAU